AUGGCGACAACCGCAAGAUGGGUGAUGGAGCGGGCUAUGAACAAUACUGCGGGUAACCAUACGGGUGUUUUCAAUGCAACCAAGGCUGCUCAAUUCGCAGCGCAAAGGAAGAAUUCGACGGGAGAGCUGAUACAGAGGCUUGUAUUCGCAGAAAGCAAGUCAAUACGGACAUCGACGAUAAUUCUUGGUGUCUUUAACGUGCUCGCGGCCCUUGCAACGGCUACCAGUAUUAUCUACGACUGUUGGGCAGCGUCGAAGAGGUGUAACCCGAAGUUUAAGGCAACAAAACUCUGCACAAGAACCAUCCACCCCGCGGAGACCUUUCCUCUAAUACUGGCGAUCGGAAUUGCUAUUCAAGGACUUGCGUUCAUCGGAGUACAGGCAACGGGCCUCUCUUCGCUUUUUACAGAUGGCUGCUCAGUGAUUGCUCAGUACAUGUGGCCGGCCCUCUUCAUUGUGCCAUAUAUCCAGCUGGUUUUUGGACUAGAAUGCGCUUUUCGAGCUCUACGCAAGAUGCCAUUUCAGGCUAGGGGGAAGCACGCCGUCAAAAUGUAUUUGGUUAUCGUCGUGAUAAUGUUGGUCGGAACGUGGAUCCCUUCGAACUUACACCAGCAAAGAGACACAUGCUUCGCAACAUUGGUGUGGUUUAUAACCAGCUACGGGGAUCUAGGGCUCAUUUUAUUCUCAAUUUCUAGCGGCCUGAUGCUCAUCAGUGCCCUGAUAAUAUUUUUCCGGCUGUCGUCUGUCAAUCUGAUUGAUGAGCACCAGCGAAUUGCGGCAUCGAGAAUGGUGUACUACCUUCUUCUAGGGUUCAUCUCAUCAGCCUUCGUCAUUCCGUGGUUUGUUUCUCUCAACACUGCAAAGGGAGAUAUAAAAGCUGCCAUGAUGGCAACUGUUGUAAUUAAUCUCUCGGGGCUUAUUAGCGGACUCCUCCAAUUGUUCCUGAGAGCCAAUACUGCGACGACGUCUUUUGGGCCCACAGGGUCCCGAGACCGCAAGAAGCACCAGAUUAGAAUUUGGGGACCCAACGAGUUGGUUUUCAAUCAUCAAUUAAUGUCGCCAGUGAUUGUACAUACACCUGUCCGACAAUUGGCGACUCGAUCAGAAAGCCGAUCAAGCUUGAUUGGAGCUGAGAAGGGGCGGGUCAUCAGCAUGGAAUCACUCGGAAGCCCGAUAUAUGGCUCGCCCACGCGACCAAAUCAACAGCUAGUCGCAGCGGAACAAAAAGCAGCAAACCAACAACCACCGAGUUACCCAGCUGCAUCAGUUGCACGAGGGCACUUUCGAAAGGCGUCAUACUCGCUCUUUCCGGCGGAAUCUUCAAGCCCGGAUAAGAGCCUAGCUGUCGGUGCCAACCAGGAGCCAACCUCAAUAUACGACAUAACUGGCCUUGAUCCACCACCGCCAGUCCUAGGGGCCUCCUCUCGUGGCCAUAGACGAGACUCCUCGAUAGCCUCCUCCGCAACAGUGCAGAUUGGCCUGCGAAUAUCCCACGCGCCAACAUCAUCUACAGAUUCUUCAAACCUACCUCUUCCGCUCCCAUCAACAACAUACACCUCCAACCUAGUACCCCGAUCCGCCGCUCGACUCCUCUCACCAUCACCUUUAAAAAUACAAACUCAAGGCCUCCCAUCGCCCACCCGGUCACCAGAGCGAUCCUCUCCCCCACUCAGCAAUUCAAGUCCGAAAGCUAUAUGUGUCAACAAAACCCUUCCUCCAACACCGCAAGCAGAUCGAAGCCGCCUAACCAUCUCUUGUCCUCAAUUAAUUCCAGCGGUAUAUUCUCCGGAACAAAAGGCUAGGCCGGAGCUUAAGACUACCACGACGCGCCAAAACUCCGUAAGAACGAAUGGGACUGGUAGUCCAUUGGCUUUGCUGAAACCGCCCACGCAGCUGCAGGACGGGAAAACUGACUGGAUAUGA